UGAAAAGGACGGGGGUUCAGGGUCUGCUGCUAGUGUGCCUGGCGGCUGCCAUUCUAUCGGAGUCGUGUUUCAAGCACGGCCGGAACCAUGGCGGGAACCGGACUGGGCUCGGAGGCGCUGGACCUAGAGAAGCUGCGCAUGGCCGGCGCCGGCCUGGCUCUAGCUGUGCUCACCAGCGGCGGGGAUGCCCAAGGUAUGAAUGCUGCUGUCCGAGCUGUGACUCGCAUGGGGCUAUAUGUUGGAGCGAAAGUGUUCCUGAUCUAUGAGGGGUACGAAGGGCUGGUGGAAGGAGGAGAGAAUAUCCAACAAGCAAACUGGUUGAGUGUGUCCAACAUCAUUCAGUUGGGUGGCACCAUCAUUGGCAGUGCCCGCUGCAAAGCCUUCACCACCCGGGAGGGCCGCCUCAAGGCUGCUUACAAUCUGGUACAGCAUGGCAUCACCAACUUGUGCGUCAUUGGCGGAGAUGGCAGUCUGACUGGUGCAAACAUCUUCCGCACAGAGUGGGGUGGUCUGUUAGAGGAGCUAGUCGGUGAAGGGAAGAUCACUGAUGAAGUGGCUAAUACAUAUUGUCAUUUAAACAUUGUGGGUCUUGUGGGUUCCAUUGACAAUGACUUCUGUGGCACAGAUAUGACCAUUGGCACUGACUCUGCACUGCACCGUAUCAUGGAAGUGAUUGAUGCUAUCACUACUACUGCCCAGAGCCACCAGAGAACCUUUGUGUUGGAGGUGAUGGGCAGACACUGUGGGUACCUUGCAUUGGUUUCAGCUUUGGCUUCUGGUGCUGACUGGCUUUUCAUCCCUGAAUCACCUCCUGAGGAUGGCUGGGAGGAUUUCAUGUGUGAAAGGCUUGGUGAGGCACGGAGCAGAGGAUCCCGACUGAAUAUUAUCAUCAUUGCUGAGGGUGCUAUCGACCGGAAUGGGAAAUCUAUCACCUCUAAUUAUGUAAAGGAUCUGGUUGUGAAGCGCCUUGGCUUUGACACACGUGUGACUGUGCUUGGCCACGUGCAGCGUGGUGGAACCCCUUCAGCAUUCGAUCGAGUUCUGAGCAGCAAAAUGGGUAUGGAAGCUGUGAUGGCACUACUGGAAGCAACACCAGACACUCCAGCCUGCGUGGUGAGCCUCUCUGGGAACCAGUCAGUGCGUCUACCCCUAAUGGAAUGUGUACAAGUGACCAAAGACGUCCAGAAAGCAAUGGAUGAGAAAAGGUUUGAGGAAGCAAUCCAGCUCAGAGGGAGGAGCUUUGAAAACAACUGGAACAUUUACAAGUUACUUGCACACCAGAAACCAAAACAGGAAAAGAGCAAUUUCAGCAUUGCCAUCCUCAAUGUAGGAGCCCCAGCAGCAGGCAUGAAUGCAGCAGUCCGUUCAGCAGUGCGUGUUGGGAUUUGCCAGGGCCAUACUAUGUAUGUGGUGAAUGAUGGCUUCGAAGGCUUGAGCAAGGGACAGAUCCGAGAAGUAGGCUGGCAUGAUGUUGCAGGCUGGUUGGGUCGUGGUGGGUCCAUGCUGGGGACCAAACGAACUCUCCCAAAGACAUGCAUGGAAAACAUUGUUGACACCAUCCGGAAAUUUAACAUCCAGGCACUGCUGGUCAUUGGUGGAUUUGAGGCCUACGAAGGAGUAUUACAGCUGGUGGAAGCACGUGGUCAAUAUGACGAACUUUGCAUCAUCAUGUCCGUGAUCCCGGCUACCAUCAGUAACAACGUGCCUGGGACAGACUUCAGCCUGGGGUCAGAUACGGCUGUCAAUGCUGCCAUGGAGAGCUGUGACCGCAUUAAGCAAUCCGCUUCUGGCACUAAGCGGCGUGUGUUCAUUGUGGAGACUAUGGGGGGUUACUGUGGCUACUUGUCAACGGUGACUGGCAUUGCAGUUGGAGCUGACGCUGCCUAUGUGUAUGAAGAACCUUUCACCAUUCACGACUUGAAGGCAAAUGUUGAACACUUGACUGACAAAAUGAAAACAGACAUUCAGAGAGGCCUAGUUUUGAGAAACGAGAAGUGCCAUGAGCACUAUACCACUGAGUUCCUGUACAACCUGUAUUCCUCGGAGGGGAAAGGGAUAUUCGAUUGCAGGAUCAAUGUCCUCGGUCACCUUCAGCAGGGAGGUGCUCCAACCCCAUUUGACCGCAACUAUGGCACUAAGCUGGGCGUGAAAGCUAUCCUGUGGAUGUCAGAUAAGCUGAAGGAGGCUUACCGCAAAGGUCGUGUAUUUGCCAAUGAUGCUGAAUCUGCUUGUGUGGUUGGCCUGAAGAGGAAGACUGUGUCCUUCAGCCCUGUGACUGAACUCAAGAAAGUCACAGAUUUUGAGCACAGACUACCCAAAGAGCAGUGGUGGCUGAACCUACGCUUGAUGCUGAAGAUGCUGGCCCACUACCAGAUCAGCCUGACUGAAUAUGUAUCUGGGAAGAUUGAGCAUGUCACCCGGCGAACACUCAGCAUUGAGAAAGGAUUCUAGCUAUAACCUUUUCUUUCUCCUUUUCUCCCUUUCACUGCCAGUUUGCUGUAGUCCCUCACCCCCUCCCUGGCCUUCUCAAGCCUUUUGAGUGCAGUGCUGGUGCCACUGUGAGCCUGCAGGAGAGUGGCUGGGGACAGUCUGGCUGUCUCCUUGUCCAUGGCAAGGAGCUUCACUCUGCCUAUGAGGUGGGGUGGAGGGCUGGCAGGAUUUCCUUGGAGUCCACUCCAAUUUCAUAGGAUGUUGUUUUAUUCUUCCACUUCAGGUGUUCCUUCAGGCACCUGGUGAAUCCUAUUAGGGCCUGAGAAAAGCUGUUGGUCACUGUUGCAUCACCCAGCAAAAUCUUAUCUUGCAGGUCUCUCAUCUGCAAGUUUUGCCCAUGAAGUAGCAGUAGCUACCAGAGUUCUUCUCUUCCCCUUCCACCAGUCUCCAAGUGCCAGCUAAGCAAGGGCAGUACGUCUGAACGUUGGGUUGGGAAGGCAGCAUGUUGUGGCUUUGCAUGGAGACUGCUCUUCUCUGUGCCCAUCUGGCUCAGUGUGCCUGAUUCAUUGUCUGUGGUUAGUGCUGUGGGGAUGCCACCAACAAGCCAUGUUGUGUCUGCACUCUCCCUGAUGCAGUUCUGUGACCUUAGUGUCAUGUAAUCACCUGUGUUUGUGUGUAGAAAUCUUUAAAAAUCACUGAAUCAAA